CUUUGACCUCUUCCGACUUACCGGCGAAUGUUUCUCACGUUUUCCCCUUAAACUGCCCAAAAUGUUCCGAUGUCGAGCUGCAUUGCAGGGUUUUAGACCCUUAUCAAGGAGUUUUUCUACAUCUUUAAGUAAAGCAAGGCUAUCAAAUGGAUCCUUGUUUCAACUUCCUCGUCAUAAAGUUCUGCAAACCACCACUUCUAGAACUAUGGCUCACAUAACUACUGAAGGAGUUGGUAAGAAUGGAAUUUACUGGGCUAUUGGUGGAGUUACAUUCUUCAUUGCCUCAGCUACAUUAGUUCAAACACAAGGUUUAGUAACAUGGGGUGGCCCACCUAAGAAAGUAAAUUUCAAUCUAGCUCCUGCCAGUUCAGCUGAAUCUGAAGCCAGCCCUGCCGAGCCUGCAGCCAGUACCGAGGCUGCUCCAGCAGAAGGGGCGGCAACUACAGGUCAAGAUGAGCCAGAUUCUAGUUCAGAAUCAGCUGUGAGUACUGAAGAACCUGUUGCCGAAGAAACUCCAGUGGCUUCUGGUUCAGAGGAAUCUGAAGCUAAAGAAACACAGGUAGUACCUGUUACUGAGGAACCUGCAUCUGAAGCAGUUCCUAGUACAGAAGAGCCUGCAACAGGAGAUACCCCAGUUGUAGCUGCUGUGGAUGCAACACCAGCUGAUGUACCAGCACCCCUACCAGAGAUCCCAGAGCAUGCUACCUACCUUCUGAUUGGUGCAGGGACGGCAUCGUUUGCUGCUCUCAGGGCGAUCAGAGCAAAUGACCCUAAAGCAAAGGUAUUAGUUAUAGGAGAUGAAGAAGCCAUGCCAUACAUGAGACCACCCCUAUCUAAAGAACUCUGGUUUAGUGAUGAUAAAGAAGGUGUUGAUAAUCUUAAGUUCAAGCAAUGGAAUGGAAAGGAAAAGAGCAUUUUCUUUGAGCCAGAUGCAUUUUACUGCAAACCAUCUGAGCUACCAACAAAGGAGAAUGGAGGAGUCGCAGUACUCAAAGGACACAAGGUCAAGGGGCUCAAUGUUCAGAAAAAGAAAGCAACGUUGGAAGAUGGAUCAGUCAUUUCAUUUGACAAGUGCCUUAUUGCUACAGGUGGUGUUCCAAGGAAUCUUGCUUCAAUAGAAAAGGCUGGGUCAGAGGUCAUGGAGAGGACAACACUUUUCAGAAAUAUUAAUGACUUCAAAUCUUUAGAUAAAGUGACUCUGGAUGCUAAGUCUGUUGCUAUCAUUGGAGGUGGUUUCUUGGGGAGUGAGCUGGCCUGUGCUCUUGGCAAGAGAGGAAAAGAGACUGGAAUGAAAGUCAUGCAAUUUUUCCCUGAAGCUGGAAACAUGGGCAGAGUGCUUCCAGAGUACCUCAGCAAAUGGACAACAAAUAAAGUUUCAAAUGAGGGUGUUGAAGUUCAUUCAGAUAUGUUUCUAAAGAAUGUUUCUUUCAAUGGUGAUUCCAAGCAAGUUGAGCUACAGUUCAGUAAUGGUGAUAAGGUAGAAGCUGACCAUGUGGUAGUAGCAGUAGGACUUGAACCCAAUGUUGGUCUUGCCGAGAGCUCAGGGUUAGAGGUCGAUGAUAAGUUUGGAGGUUACAGGGUCAAUGCUGAAUUAGAAGCUCGAAGAGAUGUGUGGGUGGCUGGUGAUGCAUCAUGUUUCUAUGACAUCAAGCUUGGUCGUCGUCGUGUAGAGCAUCAUGAUCAUGCUGUAGUUAGUGGAAGACUAGCAGGAGAGAAUAUGACUGGUGCUGCUAAACCAUACUGGCAUCAAUCAAUGUUCUGGAGUGAUUUAGGUCCAGAUGUUGGGUAUGAAGCCAUUGGCAUUGUUGAUUCUAGUUUACCAACCUUUGGUGUGUUUGCUAAGGCUACUGCAGAUGAUACACCAAAAGCAGUGGUAGAAGCUACUGGAGAAGGAAUACGAUCAGAAACAGAACAGGCUGCGGUAGAAUCUACCCCAACACCUACGGCUCCAACUACCUCAGAGGAUUAUGGGAAGGGUGUGGUAUUCUACAUGAAGGAUAAGGUGGUAGUAGGCAUGGUGCUAUGGAAUAUCUUCAACAAAAUGCCCAUUGCAAGAAAGGUAAUCAAGGAAGGAAAAGAAUAUGACGAUGUCAGCGAGCUAGCCAAGCUCUUCAACCUCCAUAAAUCAGAAGAGAGCUGAUUCCAUCCAUAUACUUCAAAUUAGAAUUAUAGUAGAGAAAUAUAAAUUAUGAUUUGGGAGAAUUAUGUUAAAAUGAGUAUACCAGGCCCUGGUUUCACAAAGCUUAGUGAAUGACCAUUAUGUGCAAAUGAAGCAUACAAAUAACUGCACAAUUGAUGACUAAGCUUUGUGUUACUGGACACUUUGAGAGUAUCAUGCCAGGGAUACCAAAACCCUAUGGGAUAUUUGUUUAUUAAAUACUGCCAUUGGCAUGUAAAGAGUGAAGGCAAUUACUAAAAGGCUUGUAACUUUGCAGUGGAACGAACUCUUAAAAAUGAGAAUGCCAUAGGGCAUUUUCACAUUUUGAUAGUCAGUUGGAGUACAAUGAACCAUGUUUGAAGCCAAUUAAUGGAACUUAAAAAGUCAUUGUGACAAUGAUUGUUGGAAAUUCAACUUUAAUACCUCAUAAUAUCAAAUUUAAAUUGUCGUGUGAAUUUAUAAACUUUCCAGUAUGCAAGGUAGAUUGUUUUAAUAGGCAAGAUACUCCCUUCUCUUAUAUCUUGUCCAAGAUUCAUUUUCAAUGACUUCUCUUAGAUUUCUUUGCCUUAUUUAAUAUUCCUUGUCUGUGCACUUUUUGUUUCUGUGAAAAAUGUCAUAAAAAAAUUAUGAACAAUUUCAUAUUUUGGAAAGCAGGAAUGCAUUUGAUACAGCACUUUGAAAAUGUGUGCAUAUAUAUACUUGCCAACUGUUCCAACACCAUAUAGGAUAUUCUAGAAUGAUCCAUAUAUUUUAUCAUUCAUGAUAAUUUGUUCCUAUGACUUACCAGGUUGACAGUUAUAGCGUGUGGUCCCCGUCAUGAAAUGACAAAUCAUAUUGUACAAUUCUAAUUGAGGAUUGCAAGGUAAAGAUGUGUUGAUGUUUAACAUUAAGAUUGGACACCUUCAAUUCAGAAAACAUGAUAUUUUUUGUUAUUUAAUACACUAUCAUGUCCCGACGAGUAUUCAGCAACAGCAUUUAUGUAUGAUUUUGAUUGAUGGUCACUAUCAUGUGUUUUGCCAAUUCUGUGCCUUGAGUAGAAGUAUUUGUACAAUGUUGUUAGAGAUCUUGAAUGUAUAAUAUUUGUUAAUCACUUAAAGUGGUGUUCUUUUCCUGCCGGGGCAAUCCUUGUUAUUGCAUCUGUGGGAAUAUGAAUGCAAUAAUGAGAUGACUAAAGAAAUCCAAAACAAUGAGAAUGUAUCUAUGGAAUGCCCAGGUAUGAAGAAUUCCUUUAUCCAGCUACAACUAAUAAUAUUUGAAUACAUGACAGUCAGAAUGCGAAUUGUAGAUAUUAUUUUAGCUGGAACAUUUGACCAAAAUAAUAAUUAAAGUAUUGGUUUCUUGUCCAAUUCCCGGAAGCUUGGGGGGGGUUAUAGGAAUUCACUAACAGCUAGAAAAAUCAAAAUAUCAGAAACAUGAUUGUAUCUCACUUAUAAUUGAUUCUAGCCAUUAGUGAACAGAAUCAAUCACAUCUAACCACUUUGUAGAUACAUUCGUUCACUUGGAUUACAAAUUGAAUCUAUUUGUACAAGACAAGGAGGAAAAAAGAAUAGAAUAUACAUGUAUACUUAAAAAAAAAAAUCUGUGAUCAUAGCUUGUGUCGGCUUGAUCACCCUAAAUGCUUGAAUCUGCUUGAAGCCAGAAGGCAAUACUUUAACAUAGCCGACAGCUUUCUGGCUCUGAACAGAUAGUAUUCUCUUUGAGAAACAGAAAGGUAUUAAAUCUGUAAACAUAGCACCCUUCUGUUUCUCAAUGAGGCAAUAUAUAUAUUAUGAGUUCUUAUUGUGUGAAAACUGAACUGUGCUACAGUCAGAGUACAUUUAUGAAAUGUACACAGGUAUAUUUGAUGAAAAGAGAUUUUAUUGAAUAAAAUCAA